AUGAUUGUUAAAGAGUGGGUGGUUUUAUUUAUGGUGUCGAAAUGUUUGGGGGAAAAGAGACCGCAUCGUGAUGUAAUGACGAUUCAUGGUCAAGCUCCUGAGCCGACAGUCCCUUGGGACGGUAUAUUUGAGGCGAUACACCGCAUCAAGUGUCCCCAAGUGGAUGAGAUUGGAGUGGAGAACUGCCUCGUCGUAAAUGUGUUCGCACCAGAACAACAGCGGGGAAUUAAAUCGCUGCCUGUAAUUGUCCAUGUACACGACGGUGAUUUUCAAAGAGGUUGGGGAUCAUUCAGGGCACCAUCUCGCUUACUAAAAGAAAAUUUCGUCAUAGUAACAUUCAAUUAUCGUUUGGGAGUUCUCGGUUUUCUUUGCCUCGGGUCAUUCGAGGCGCCGGGAAAUGCCGGCUUGAAGGACCAAGUUGCCGCACUCUACUGGGUGCAGAGGAAUAUUAAACAUUUUGGCGGGAACCCAAAUGACGUCACUAUUUAUGGAACGGGGUCCGGUGCCGUCGCAGUAGAACUACUGCUGCUUUCUGGUUCCACUACAGGAUUGUUUCAAAGGAUGAUUUUAGAAUCCGGCUCUGCUAUAGCCCCUAGUUCAGUGACGUAUACGCCUUUCUCCACAGCUGUAAAAGUUGCUGCACUACUAGGAUACAAAGGUGAGACAAAAGCGAACAAAUUAGCUGAUUUUUAUCAGCAAUUGCCCAUCCGGAGUUUGAAGAACGUGACAGAAAUGUUCCUACCGUGUAUAGAACGCGAUCAGUCUAAUACCAAUAGCCUGCUUGAUGUGGACCCAUUAGAUAUAUUGAAGGACGCUCACUUCUUCCAUGUGCCAAUAAUUAUGGCCUUUUCAAAUGCAUUUGAGGUCAAAAUUAUAUCGGAUAACAUAAAAAGGUUUACUUUCGUUCCUACCAAUUUUAAAGAAUUACUGCCGAGCAAUUUGGAAUUUGAAAGCGAAGAUUUGAAAACGAAAUUAGCAAAAUUAGUGAAAGAAUUUUACUUCGGAGACAAUGUUGUUGGGGAUAACUUGAUUCCGAACUAUGUGGAUUACGUGAACGACAUAUUUAUCGAGUACCCUGUUGUAAAAUCAUCAAUACUGCAUUCAAGGGCUACUCAACCGGUGUACCUUUUAAAGUUUACAUAUAAAGGCAGCAUGAGCAGUUUGAAAAGCGAGGAGAUAUCAGGCGCUGGUCAUGGAGAUCUCUACAUGUAUUUAUUCUCAAAUGAACAACUAAACAAUGAAGAACAAGUGAUCUCAGACAGACUAAUUCAGUUAAUAUCUAACUUCAUAAAAGUGGGGGAUCCAACGCCAUUGACAACCACACUAAUACCAGUUAUUUGGGAGCCUGUACCGUACACUAUCGACUUUGAAGGCAAGAUAACCGUAGUACCAUACUUAAUGUUUGAUAAAACAGUAGCAAAUCAACUUCUAUCUGGCCAGCAGUUGAUAUUUUGGGAUCACAUUUACACUAAAUUCUACAAAAAACAUGAGAACUCCUGAAG